CAUUCGACCGGGCAACAAGUGUGUGUAUGCGAGUGUGUGUGUGUACGUGAGACACCAAGAGUUGAGGACGAGCGGAGAACCAUUUCCAGAGUCUAGUUCUCCAGAAACAGCCACAAGAAAGACAAGAUGGGCAUUGCCUUGAUGUUCCUGCUGGCGCUCUACCAGAUGCAGUCGGCCAUCCACAGCGAGAUCAUUGAGUCGCCCAACUUCGGUGCGAAUGCCCUGCUGGAGUCUGAUACAGAUGGGGAUCAGGGCUCCAGGCUGCAGCCGGGGGAAAGGGAAAUCCAGCAAGAUGCCGGCGAGAAGCCGGAGCAAACGGAGCUGGAGUUUCGGUACCCAAUCUCGGCCAUUGGCAUCGAUUAUGCCAGGAAUUCGGUGAUGCUGCGCUUCCAGAAGCACGGCCGCAGGCAGCGCCUCAAGUUCGAUCCGGAGCUGGAGGCCAAGCGCAGGUCCCUGCAGGACAAUUUCAUGCACUUUGGCAAGCGGCAGGUGGAGCAGAUGCUGCCAGAAGAGAGCUAUGCCACGGAUGGGGAUGUGGGUAUGGGGAAACGGUCGGGCAUGGAUCGCUAUAGUCGCGAUCCCAAGCAGGACUUUAUGCGCUUCGGCAGGGAUCCCAAGCAGGACUUUAUGCGCUUCGGCCGGGACCCCAAGGAGGACUUUAUGCGAUUUGGAAGGACUCCAUCUGAUUUUAUGCGGUUUGGCCGUGCCCCCUCGGACUUUAUGCGAUUCGGCCGGACACCUUCGGACUUCAUGCGCUUCGGACGCUCGGACAACUUCAUGCGCUUCGGCCGUAGUCCCCACGAGGAGCUGCGAAGUCCCAAGCAGGACUUCAUGCGAUUCGGCCGACCAGACAACUUUAUGCGAUUCGGACGCUCUGCUCCGCCAGAAUUUGAGCGCAAUGGCAAGAUGGACUCGAACUUCAUGCGCUUUGGAAAGAGCGUCAAUCUGGCUGCUGCUCCCUUUCCCCCCGCUUCCGGUGCUCCCGAGUCGAACCAGACAAAGUCGCAGCUGUCCAGCAACCAGGCCGGCGAACGGAGUCCCGUGGACAAGGCCAUGACCAUUCUGUUCAGCAAACAGGAGCAGCAGCAGGAGCAGCAGUUAAAGAGCGGACAGACAGCGGGCAACUCGGAGGAUGGGAGCGUGGAGCAAGAACCGUUCUACGGCCAAUAGAGUGACAUGCCUACCCUACCCCUCCAUACCUUUGCUCCAUGUAAAUAUUAACUGACAAGACCAGGCUCUGAAUGCAAUGACUAUGCCAUGAAAUGUAAUGAAAAUAAGGAAAAUACUUAAAAUACGUAUAGCCCUUCCCUCUUCCCUCGUCAAACACUUGAUAAAUGCCUAGGGUGUGAAUUUUUAAUGGGGCUGGAUUAAAAAUUCACCACGCUUUGAUCUGAUCAAAUUAAAAGUUGACACUCCACCACCUACAUACUACCUAUAAAUACACACACCUUAUCGAAUAUAUAUGUACCUAUAUGUACAGGUUAAUUUGAAAUGCAUUGAAAUGUUGUGAAGUCCUUUUCGAAUCAAAAUAAAUAAAAGUCAAU